GGUCUGUGAAGCUGUGGAACCUAGAGAGUGACGAGCCAGUGGCGGACAUCGAGGGUCACAGUCAGCGAGUUUCUCGAGUGUCCUGGCAUCCUUCAGGGAGGUUCCUGGGAACCACCAGUUAUGAUAACUCAUGGCGUCUGUGGGAUCUGGAGGUUCAGGAGGAAAUCCUCCAUCAGGAGGGUCACAGCAAAGGAGUCCACGACAUCCACUUCCAUCCUGACGGCUCGCUGGCUGCCACCGGAGGGCUGGAUGCGUUCGGCAGGGUGUGGGACCUUCGGACAGGACGCUGUGUUGUUUUCCUGGAGGGACACCUGAAGGAGAUCUACAGCCUACACUUCUCGCCCAACGGGUAUCACCUGGCGACAGGAAGUGGUGAUCACACCUGUAAGGUGUGGGAGCUGAGGAACAGGAAGUGUCUGUACACAGUCCCCGCCCACCAGAACCUGCUGUCCGCUGUCCGCUUCCAGCCCACAGACGGUCACUUCCUGUUGACUGGAGCGUACGACAACACGGCGAAGGUUUGGAGUCACCCGGGCUGGACGCCGAUGAAGACGCUCGCCGGACACGAGGGGAAGGUGAUGUCCGUCGACGUGUCACCUGACGGGAAACUGAUCGCCACCAGCUCCUACGACCGAACCUUCAAACUCUGGCUGUCUGAGUGAUGUCAUGAUGAUGUCAGGCGUGAUGUCACAGCAGAACGCGCCUUUUUUAUUGUUAAAAAGUUUUUUCUUUUCUGAAAAAUGCAAAAAACAAAUCAAAUGUUUCUGUUUUCUGAUGAAAUAAAAGUUUACAUGUGGUCUCUGAUCCAGAAC